AUGGCUCGCGAAGGAGGUACCCAGAGGAGAUCCACUACUGUUUCAGCCACCUUUACUGAUGAUAAUCCCUUCUUCGUUCUUGAUCAACCGAAUCGGUCCUCUACGGAUGUUACUCGAAGCCCUUACUACUUCUCUAAUGGUGAUCAUUCAAGAGCAAAUCUUGUUUCGAAAAUCCUCAUUGGUGGUGAAAAUUAUAACUCAUGGAAACGUUCAAUGAUGAUUUCCCUCCUCGCCAAGAACAAGCUCAAGUUCAUUAAUGGUAAGCUUCCACAACCAGACUCCACUGAUGAUGACUAUGAUAUUUGGUGUAGAUGCAAUAGUAUGGUCAUUUCUUGGAUUCUUCAUGUCAUUUCUCCUAAUAUUGUUGAUAGCGUCAUGUAUUUGGAUGAUGUUGUUGCCAACUGGUCUGAGCUCCAUGAUCACUUCCAUCAGAAUAAUGGUCCCCAGGUGUUCCAAGUAAAACGUUCUAUGCAAGCUUUGGUUCAGGGCUCUAAUGAUGUCACGACAGCUUCUUUCACUAGACUUAAAGCCCAUUGGGAUCUUUGA